AUGUCACAAGAUAUAAGUCGUUUGACUCGAUCGCCAUCGCCCCUGCAAUAUGCUGCCUCUGAUUGUGGGGAUAAUAAUUCGGCGACAGGGAAUUCAAGCGAUCGUUGUUUGUCCCCCCAAAGUCCGACAGCAUUUGCCACGCCACACGAAGAACACCAACAACAUCAUCAACUGCCCACUCUCAAGUCUCACUUGUUGGAUGUUUUGCACCGCUCUGACAAUGCGCAGGAGGGAAAAUUCUCCGCCGCACAAGAUGUUGAGCCUAUGAGAGACAUAGAGUCAGGUGCGCUCAAUUUGACCAGUGAAAGUUCUCGACAAAGCUUACAAUCGCCAUCGCCGUCUUUGAAGUCGUUGCGCGCCAGUCGUACGUCACCAGCAAUAACAACCGGUGAUUCUGCGGCUGUGCCCCUCUCUAACAACACAUAUCCCAUGCCAAACUUCUCAACACAACAGGCCCAAUUGGCUGCGGCGGCGAGCGCAAGCCUGAGCCUAGGUAGUCCGCUAUUUUCCCUCCCGCUCAGCACAUCGAUUUCCCCGCAAGACUUCACGCAGUUCCAGCAAGCGUUGCAACAACAGCAGACCGCUUUGCAUCAGCAGUUCCAAAAUUAUAUCGAUAUAUUGCGCAGCGGUGCGUUAGGGAUACCGCCCGAUGAUCCAAGCAUGGCCACUCAAGUCGCCGCAGCACAGUUCCUAUUUCACAGUCGCAUUCAAGCGCUCACACAAGCCACGCAACAGUUACAAUCACUGCAGAAGCAGCAGGAGCUGCAAAAACAGCCGCAUCUCCAUGCAUCACAACAGCAACCAUUAGAAGAAACGCCGAAAUCUCGCAGUAUGCACACUUCUACGCCCACUCACACGCCCUUACAUAGUCCGGCAUCAUCGCCGUUGCCACUCCACACGAAUUUCAAUACCAGCACCCACAGUCAAAUAACGCCGCCCAAUCCAGGCACUAGCCUCAAGGUCAGCGGGAUACUUACACCGAACACUAUCAGUGGAGCCCCACAAACUCCCCAAAUGCUAAAACAUGCUGCUGGUGCGGCUCAGCGUUUAGGCGGUGAACCGUCGCCGGAAGAGACUACCGAUCUUGAGGAGCUGGAGCAGUUCGCCAAGACAUUCAAGCAACGACGCAUAAAGUUGGGCUUCACGCAAGGCGAUGUUGGCUUAGCCAUGGGCAAAUUGUACGGAAAUGAUUUCUCGCAGACGACGAUAUCGCGUUUUGAAGCAUUGAAUCUGAGCUUUAAGAAUAUGUGUAAGCUGAAGCCGCUGCUACAGAAAUGGCUGGAAGACGCAGAUCGUACGAUACAGGCGACCGGAGGAGUUUUCGAUCCUGCUGCCCUGCAAACAGUGAGUACACCGGAAGUUAUGGGUCGGCGGCGAAAAAAGCGUACGUCUAUUGAAACCUCAAUACGGGGAGCGCUGGAGAAAGCCUUCAUGAUGAAUCAGAAGCCGACAAGUGAAGAAAUCAGCAAACUGGCCGAUCGUCUAUGCAUGGAGAAAGAAGUGGUACGCGUUUGGUUUUGCAACCGACGACAGAAGGAGAAACGUAUCAACCCCUCAAUGGACAGUCCGACCGGUGACAAUGGCAGUGAAUCGCCCUACAUGAUGAUGAUGCACUAAAACACCCCUUCAAAUAGAGCAAAUGAAACAAAGUAAGAAUAUAACUAUUAAGUGUUUAAUUAGGCAAUCAAAGUAAAAUUUACAAAAGCGAAAAUUGAAAAUAAAAAAAUCUCCCUGCAGGUAUGGGUUUGUUUGUAGUCCAAAUAUAUACAUAUGUAUGUACAUAUGUAUUUUGAGCUUAAGAAGGUCUCAUUUUGAUACAAAAAAAAAUAAAAAUUUAUGUGCAUUCCUUAAUUGAAUAUUUUAUUAACAACUAAAUUCCUUUUUUUAAAUACAAUCUGAAGUUACCCUUGUGUGCAAGUUUAUUGAAAUAAGUUUAUGAAUCUAUGUUGUAUGUUCAUUUACAUAAUGUACAUAUGUACAUAUGUAUGUACGCAUGUGAAAAUUUAGUGAAAAGGGUAAAUAGUAUUAAAAAAAAUUGAGUUAUAUGUAUUUAUGUAAGCACCUACAUUACCAGCCAGUGUUGUGAGUGCGUUAGUGGGUAAUUUAGGCAUAAAAAAAGAAACAACUAAAAUCAUAAAAACUUAUACUAAAUUAAGUGAAACGUAAA